GGAUUGGUACCUGGCAUCUCAAUGCAUUUCGAGAUCGCAGCAUAGACAAGAAUUUACACAAUGAUUUACCAAGGACUUAUUGUGACAGUGGGAGUCAUCGUCACCCUGAACGCCCUUCAAAUUUCCUGUCAGUGUCUUGAGUGUCCGACCAAGACUCAUCCACAAGAUGCAUUUUGUCAGGACGAUUUCGUGAUCAGAACGACUAUUACUGAUGUGACGGAAGUAGAUCCAAAAACGUCGUACAAGAUCGAUAUUGUAAAGGUGUUCAAGGAGCCGGCUGUUCCAUCCAUAGUUCCGACAUGUGUUCCAUCGGGUUUAUCGGUGCCUCCUGAAUGCUUUUUCAGCUUGCACGUACUCAACGCUUCACUGCCUUGCGGCGUAGAACUUGAAGUUGGGCAGGAGUAUCUGAUUAGUGGUACUGAAGAAGAUGGUGAGAUGAUAAUAGACGCGUGCAGUCUAGCUAUACCUUGGGAGGAAGUAACAAGCCAUAUGAAGAUCGGUCUCAACAAGCGUUAUAAGAAGAACUGUCAAUGUCAGACCGGGGAAGACAAUUGUAUCGUGGAACCACCUGAGGAUGAACUUUGUUUUUGUCAGUAUGCAACCUGCGUAGAGGUUAAGAAGGAUGACUGUGCACCAGUAUGUAAAUGGAAGAAGAGUAAAACCUUCAAAACAUGUGUCGAAGGUCCUUGAUCCGCGUGCUAAGUGCUAGAAAGGCGGACAUUAUCCAAAUUGGACGAGCAGGGUUGUCAUGUAAAAUCGUAUUGGAAAUACAUGUAAUGACACCAAUAAACUGCAUAUCUCAUUC